AUCCUCUUAAUCCAAGAGACAAAAUUCUUAUAGCAUGUCCUCAUGUUAGGUCAAAUAAAAUCGAGGUUCGUGAUGGUAAUAAAUCAAAAGAUGGAUCAAAGAAUAUGUUUGAUUUAACGUUUAAUUGCAAUUUAAACGACGAAAAUUUGUGUAAGAAAGCAAAAGCAACAUUCGAAUCGGCUGGAAGGAUUUUAAGUUCUGCAUUAUUACUUAACACAAGAAUUGGUUUGAAUGCUACGUUUAGACCUUUAGAAGGGAAUUUAUUAGGAGCAGCAGGUCCAUCCCGAGCAAUUCCUUUCAAGGAUGAUGAUGGAAGAAUUCGGUUAUAUGCACAAUCUCUCGCAAAGCAAUUUCAAUUAGAAGUUCAUCCUGAAUAUUCACCAAUUGAUAUCUUGGCCGACUUUAAUUCAGAUUUUCCAUUUUGGUUCGAAGGCGAUCCACCAAUCCAACCAAAUCAAAUUGGUUUUGAAGAACUCGUAUUACAUGAAUUGACACAUGGACUUGGUUUUCUUUCUAGUUGGAGUAAUGAUUAUCUUGAAGAAAGUUCUUCAUUCCUUACUCCUAAUAUUGAUGGUAUUUUUUAUAAUGUUGGUGAUAAUGUAGAAA